CGUAAAGGGAGCUAGUGAAACUGACGUCUAUUGGACUGACUCAGUUGUGGGGUCCAGGUCAGCAAUCAAUCUUUGGAAUCCAGAGAUUCCGCACCAGUGGUCCGUAUGCGCACGGCUGGAGUAGUAGGCUCAGCGUUUGACAUGUCAACGGAACCUGUCUUUUGAUUCGAGCACAUGAAAGGACUAUGUGUCGUCAUUUGGGAGUCUGAGAUCUGGUUGUAAUUAUUCUGUUGUGGUUUGAGGUUUAGGUAACAGCGCUCAUCAUGCUCAAAGCUGUGAUUCUCAUUGGAGGCCCCCAGAAGGGGACUCGCUUCAGGCCUUUGUCUUUUGAGGUGCCCAAACCUCUGUUUCCUGUGGCAGGCGUUCCCAUGAUCCAGCACCAUAUAGAAGCCUGUGCCCAGGUCCCUGGGAUGCAGGAAAUUCUUCUCAUUGGCUUCUACCAGCCUGAUGAGGCCCUCACCCAGUUCCUGGAAGCUGCCCAGCAGGAGUUUAACCUUCCAGUCAGGUACCUGCAGGAGUUUGCUCCCCUCGGCACAGGGGGUGGCCUCUACCAUUUUCGGGACCAGAUCCUGGCUGGGGCACCUGAGGCCUUCUUCGUGCUCAAUGCUGACGUCUGCUCUGACUUCCCCUUGAGUGCCAUGUUGGAUGCUCACAGGCGCCAGCGCCACCCUUUCUUACUCCUUGGCACCACGGCUAACAGGACACAAUCCCUCAACUACGGCUGCAUCGUUGAGAAUCCACAGACUCAUGAGGUUCUGCACUAUGUGGAGAAACCCAGCACCUUUAUCAGUGACAUCAUCAACUGUGGCAUCUACCUUUUCUCCCCAGAAGCCCUGAAGCCUCUCCGGGAUGUUUUCCAGCGUAACCAACAGGAUGGGCAACUCUGCCUUGCUCUGGGGGAGGAGUCCCCAGGCUCGUGGCCUGGCGCAGGGACCAUCCGACUAGAACAGGACGUGUUCUCAGCCUUGGCUGGGCAAGGCCAAAUCUACGUGCACCUCACCGACGGUAUCUGGAGCCAGAUCAAGUCUGCAGGCUCAGCCCUUUAUGCCUCCCGCCUCUAUCUGGGGCGAUACCAGAUCACUCACCCAGAACGGCUAGCCAGACACACUCCAGGGGGCCCACGCAUCAGAGGAAAUGUUUACAUCCAUCCAACCGCUAAAGUGGCCCCAUCAGCUGUGCUGGGCCCCAAUGUCUCCAUUGGGAAGGGGGUGACCAUAGGCGAGGGUGUGCGUCUGCGAGAGAGCAUUGUCCUCCAUGGAGCCACUUUGCAGGAACAUACCUGUGUCCUUCACAGCAUUGUGGGCUGGGGGAGCACUGUGGGGCGCUGGUCCCGUGUAGAGGGGACUCCCAAUGACCCCAAUCCCAAUGACCCCCGAGCUCGCAUGGACAGUGAGAGCCUCUUCAAAGAUGGAAAGCUGCUUCCUGCCAUCACUAUCCUGGGCUGCCGCGUUCGGAUCCCUGCCGAGGUGCUCAUCUUGAACUCGAUUGUUCUACCACAUAAGGAGCUAAGUCGAAGCUUCACCAACCAAAUCAUCCUGUGAGGAUGCUGCCAAAAGGCCCCCAGGACUCCCGCCCACUCUCCUUUGGGCUGCUGCCUGCCUGGCCAACUCUGUCCAGAUAGGACCUGAGGAAGCCACCUUGUAGGGAGCCUUGUGUGUGGCCAGGGACACCUGGCCUCCCUCCCUACUCCCAAAUAAACCCCUAUGAACCUUGGA